AGCGAAACGGGCUGACAACGAGUGGUGUAAGAUUUGUGCGCUUUAUCUGUAAACACUUCUCUCAGUGGCUUUCUCUGUCUCUUUUUCCGUUCUUCGGGCCCGUGUGUAGGUCUCGGUAUUUCCCUUGCACGUAAAUAGACGUCCAACAGAAAUUUCAAGAAUGGCAGAGGCGGCAAAACCAGAAGGUAUCAGGGCGCCCGAUAUUGAUGUUUCUCGGGAACCAGCGGGACCAUCUCCAGAUGUCAAGGCCAAUGAGGCUGCUCAAGAAGAAGGUGCCAAGGUCGGCAAAGAAAAUGGAGAGUUACGGAAACAGAAGCAACCCCAAGUAGAGGAGGAGGUAGAUGCGAAUGAUAGAGGUGAGGAAUCGACAUCACCCAGAACAAAGGAGAAGGUUGAAGAGAAUGCCCAAGGCGAGCCUUCUUCAUCCCCUAAAACGGAAGAUAAUCUAGAUGCAAAAGAGAAGGUUCACGUUUCAUCACCCAAUGCAGAGGAGAAGCAGGGAGAUGCAGUUGAUGUAGCAGGAGAGACUUCGUCAUCCGUUGCAACCGAUAAGGGGGAUUAUUUGAAAAGCGACGAAAGUGAUCUGCUUUCUGAUUUAAAGGAGAAUGAAAGGAAGGCAUUGGAAGAACUUAGAUCGAUUGUUGAAGAAGCCAUUUUGGCAAACAAACUGUUCCAGGAGAAGAAGCGGGAGCAGAAGGAAGAGCCUGAUCCAAAUGAGGAAGAAUCCAAGAAAUGCGAGCCAAAAGAAAAACAAAUAGAGUCGAUAGAAAACGAGAAACACAAUGAUGUAUAUGAGGGAAAGUCAGACAGAGGAAAGGCUAAGGUAGAAGAUGAAGAAGAGGAGGUUAAAUGUGUUGGCAACGAUGCAGGUGUUUCGUCCCUCUGCAUCUGGGGUGUGCCUUUAAUGCCAAGUAGAGGACACAAGGGAACAGACGUUAUUCUGUUGAAGUUCUUGAAAGCCAGAGAGUUUAAGGUCAAUGAUGCCUGGGAAAUGUUGAGAAGCACCCUUCAAUAUCGGAAGGAGAAUAACAUUGACUCGAUUCUGGAAGAAGAUUUUGGGUGUGAUUAUGAGUCAAUGUGCUCCAUGAGUGGAGUGGACCGUAGAGGCCACCCGGUUUGUUACAAUGUCUAUGCAGUAUUUGGGAAUGAUGAUUUGUACAAUAAGACUUUUGGAACACAAGAGGGCCGGGAGAAAUUUUUAAGGUGGAGGCUGCAGUUGAUGGAGAGGCAGAUUCAGAAGCUCGAUUUCAGGCCCGAGGGAGUUUCCUCAUUGCUCCAAAUCAACGAUCUUAAGGAUGCCCCCGGACCAUCGAGGAAGGAUCUCCGUCUUGCCCUUAGACAAGCUGUGGCCCUGCUUCAGGAAAACUAUCCUGAAUUUGUAGCCACAAAUAUAUUCAUCAACGUCCCGUUCUGGUAUUAUGCCUUCAACGCACUUCUAUCUCCUUUCUUGACACAAAGGACUAAGAGCAAAUUCGUGUUUGCGCGUGCAAACAGGGUCACAGAAACCCUUCUCAAGUACAUUGCUGGGGAGGAAAUCCCAGUCAAUUAUGGAGGGCUCAAGAGAGAGAACGAUCCUGAUUUUUCCACGGACGAUGGUGUUUUUGAUGUCACCGUCAAGGCAGGAUCAACUGAAACCAUCGAGAUCCCUACACCAAAGGCCGGAAGCACUUUGGUGUGGGACCUGACUGUGAUAGGUUGGGAGGUAAAUUACAAAGAGGAAUUUGUUCCAAGCAAUGAAAGCUCUUAUACCAUCAUUGUCAAGAAAGAGAGGAGGAUAGGGUGGCAGGAAGGAUCUGUUCGUAACUCUUUUAAAAGCAAUGAACCUGGGAAGGUUGUGAUCACCAUUGAAAACGGACAAUUUAGAAGGAAACGAGUCCUAUAUCGUUACAAAAUUAAGGAUGCUAGCCUUUGCUCUUCUUCCUGUUGAGAAUUGGUUGAUCAUCACAAAAUCUCCCUUGUAAAUUUGGGUAUAGACCACCGUUUUCACUUCUGUUCUUUUUGUGGUUAUUGUUCCUGUAGUUUAUGAUAAGCCUUACUUGCCUUGCACUCCACCUUAAAUGUGCAAUUAGGCAAGGCUCUUAUACAGUUCACAUGGCAUCCAGAGUAAUAAAAAAAUCUUUAGCA